CAAAAAAAAGUCAAGAAUGUUAAACAAAAAAUGAAAUUGUUCCGAGCCAACGAGCCCUUAAAGAGUGUUCUAAUGUGGGGUAUUAAUUAUUCAUAUUCCACUCUCGACCAUGUCAAACCACGUGCGAUGCUCCUAAAAGAUGACUUUAAAUCCUAUUUCAAAGUCAAAGUCAACCAUCAUUUAUUUAAUAAAGAGAAUAUGCCUGGCAGGUUCAAAUUCAAGGAGUAUUGUCCGUUGGUAUUUAAAAACCUCCGCGACCGUUUCUUCGUUGAUAAAACUGAUUAUUGGGAUGCAUUUACUCGUUGUCAGCCUCUCUGGGAUUCUAUGCGCGGAAAAUCUGGUUCAAAAUUUCUGGUGACUCAAAAUAGACAAUUUGUGGUUAAAACAAUUAGUUCGGAAGAGGUAGAGCAGAUGCAUCAUAUGAUAGAAAACUACCACGAGGUCAGUUAA